AUGGCUCCGAAGAGGAAGGUUGAGGAUAAGGCGCCUCCGCGAUCCUCGCCUUCGGUGAAGGCCUCACUGUCCCCCAGGAGGACGAGGAGCUCCUCCGCCGCCGCCGGCGCACCGGCUGUGCCGCCGGAAGUCCCCCCGCCGGCCAAGAAGCCGAAGAAGGCCACUAGAGGGAAGCUGAAGGAUGAGGUGAAAGAGUCCGGCGAGCCAGCACUCGCCGUAGAGACGGUCGUUGCGGACAAGGACUCAUCCAAGACCAUCAUCGUGGAAGCUUGGUGAGCGAAAAUCUCGGACAACCAUUUUAGGGUUGCUUAGUUAUACUCGUACGAUUUCUCCCUCGCGAUCGAAGGCUCCUCGCUUUCUGUUGGUAUGCCGUAUGUUCAUGUCUAUUUAAUGUUCAUGGUAUCGAUGUGAUGAGAUGUCGUUGGUCUCCGUUUUUUGCUAUAUUUCUGAGAAAUGGGGAUUAUGUAUCUAACCAAUUCCAUAGGGUAUGUAGGUUAGUGGGCCUAAGUGGCUAACCGAGUUAGCGACUUUGACUCGGUCCAAAGCGUAACUAAAUGUGUUUGUGGCGUGAAAUCUUAUAUUCGAGACAGAAUGAGAUGAAAAACCAUGAUAUUUUAUUUUCGCCAUUUUAGAAAGCUUAUAUUACUUAAUCUAUCAAUGGUUUUCAUUUUUUCCUAGCAAACAAUGUCAUCAAUUUAAGAAAAGAGCCUCAAUGGUGAAGGAUGGCUUGGAAAAUGGUGUCCCCGGUAUCAACGUGGUUGUAAAUCCAGAGAAGGUGUGUGCUCUGAACACAAGGUUUUUUAUUCACAAGUGUGAAGUACUGUUUCUAUUGGGCUUUUUGCAGACUUCUUGCAGAGAGUUUUAGCUUUUUAUUAAUUUAUGAGCGAGUAUAUUUUUCUGUUGAAUAACAGCUUUAGUUUUCAAUCAUUAACUGAUCUCUUGUACUCAAUUUUUUUAAUGCAAUAUGUAUAGCCAGGAAAACUGUUGUGUAAUUUAAAUAGAACGCCCGAUUUUUAUGUCUGAGAUGCCUGGUUGUGCUUUAAUUAUUCGAUCACCAAAAGUUAUCUAGCAAGUCGAAGAUCGCCAUGUAUUUUCCCUCACGUCUUCGCACUAAAAUUCAGCAUGCUAAUUCAUGAUUCAAAAUGUUUCAUACAUGCAUGAAUGCUCUUUUUUUUUUAAACUGCUCGCUUAAAAAAAGAGCGUGGGGAUGGUUUUACUCGAAUUCACAACGGAUAAUCGGAUAAUGUAUCAUUACUGUUAUAGGUGUUUUAAUUUUAAUUGGUUUCGCCUGAGGACGAGUUAUCUGUAUUCCAUUAUCUUUGCUUCUGAAAAAUUCCUUGGAGUAAAUUUUUGUUUCGUUUGCCUAUUGGCCUGAUUUUUAAUAUAUUUGCUUCUUAAAUGAUUAUCCAUCUGUCAUGCGAAUAGUAGUUAAUAGUGUGGGGACGUACAGUGUAGUUGCAUGCAGCAAACUGAUUCAUUUGUCUUUCCAGUUGAGAGCAUUUAAUUUUAGGAAACCUUGGAAAUUGUGGUCUGGGUUGUAUACAGAACCCAUCAAAAUUCGCUAUUUUGCGUUAUUUGCCAUGGAUACAACUAGGAUCUGCACUUACAGUGGUAAAAUGAGCUGUAGGCUGAGCAUUAUCUUGUUAGUCUUUCGAUCCAGCAUUCAAGGUUUGUGCAUCGUACAUACAUCUAAGGUAAUCCAUGUGAUCAAGGAUUGAUAAUAAAAUUAUACAAGUCUACUUUGGAAAUUGAAAAAUAUUGCUGAAAGUAGUACCCCGAGUUAUCCACUAUGACAUAGGAAGUUAUCCACUACUCAUGCGUUGGAGAUGGAGGGACCUAGAAAGUUCGGUAUGGAUAAGCAUUGGGUAUAAUAGGUAACUCCUACAGCCAGGUGUCAUUUUGUUUUGAAAUGACAAAUAAACAGUUCGCCAAAAUGCUUUUCGGGCUUAUAUUUGCUCAAUGUUCAUUAGUGGCACGCAAAAUGCAGAGCUUAAGAAAGAGUGUUGUUUUUUCAUUGAGAUGUUGGUACUAGGGACACAGCACACGAGUGAGAAAACAGGGUCAACAUGUGAACGUGGUCAGCGCGUGGAAAUCCUUGACUUGGUAGCUAAGUAGUGAUGGAGGCUAAAAAGAUGUGGCCUACAAGCUUGACUGAUAAAUGAAGUGGGCUAAUGGAAGUUAACGAUCCGGAUCUUCCACAGAAAAUGUGGCCUGUAAGUCAAGAUUUGAUUAUUUGUGAAAGCAUAUUAUUCACUUGCUCCAUUCAUGUAGACUGAAUGUGACGUACUCAUCAUAUGAAUCGAUGAUACCAUGUACGACUAUCUCCUGAUUUAUUUAUUUUGGGUCGAAUGCGAAGCACAAAUAAAUACAUUACCAUAUACAUCCAUAUAUGUGUGUGUGUGUGUGUGUGUGUGUUUCUACUGUUUUUUCACUUGAGCUGUGUUAGAGUGGUAUGAAAUUCCUCACCUCGAUUGAUUUUGUUGCUCUCAGCCGAGGAGGGGAUGCUUUGAGAUCCGUGAUGCAAAUGGCCAAACCUUCGUUUCUCUUCUGGUGAACGUCCGAAACCCAUAGCAAAGGCGAUUUCCUUUAGGGUCUUUAGGGUCCUUCGCAGCGGUUCAUUUAAUACCCUGUUUGACUGCCAUGCAGAACAUGCCGAGGCCAUUCACGCGCAUGAGGGAGCUCGACAUGGAUGCGCUCAUCUCGGACAUCAUCGAGAAAGUCAAAUGA